AUUUCCCGCUCACGGUGGGCAGUACUUUCCCUUUCAUUCCCUCACUCGUGAAGAUGCAUAGCAAUCGAUUCCAUAUUUCAGAUAUAAUGUUAAAGUAGCUGAUUCCGUCUCACUGAGACAUUAGAUUUGAGAAGUUAAUUUGUUGAUUUACGAUCUUUACAUUAUUAUUGAGAUUGUGCUUACAACGUGUUCGACCAUUUGCUUCACGGGCCGGUGUAUGCUGUGGUUUUUAUUAAGCAUUCGUUACUGAAAAUGAGCGAUUCAAGGGACAGCUCCCCGGAUUGGUUGCGUUCUUUUCAGGUUCCAACUCAUUCGCCAUUGAUGCUAUCCUCUGAUUCUGGGUCUUUACAUGAUGGUAGCUCUUCAAACGAAGAUAAAAAUGAUGAUGAAGGAUCAUCUCCAAAGUCACCUAGACUUUCAAAGGUCACCAAGAACAAGAGCACAGCUUCUGCCAAGUCUUCAACUAGAAAGACAUUAGAAGCUGCAAGUCUUAAAAUAGAAAAUCAAACACCUUCCAGAAGAAAUGAAUUAGACAAGCAAAAGGCAAAAGAAGGAAACAAGGAGGAAAAGAAAGAAAAGCAUAUAGAGCAUAAAGAAUCUAUUCAUUCAAUUUGGACCCUAUCAUCAGAUUCUGAAUCAUGCCAUGAUCAUAGCCCAAAAGGCGAAGAUCAUAUUGAUCGGGUGGAAACUUCUCCACACCACAUAUCUCAAUUCCUUGGUGAAGGAGAAAAUGGGGAUGAACUUGUCCUUGGCAAUGAUGAAAAGUCUCCAUCCAAAAAAGUUUCAAAAGGAAAGUCUUUGCAAAAACAAAUAGAUGUAGAUGGUUAUACGCCAGAAAAAGGGAAGAAAAUAAAGGGUAGUGCAAUGGGGAAAGUUAGUGGUGGAGACGUGGAUGUUGGAGAGGAAGAAACUACUGAAAAGCUUGUUCAACCAAAUGUUUCCUCCUCGAGGUUGCCUUUGAUGCUUUCUGAAAAAGUUCAUCGUUCAAAGGCGCUCAUCGAGUGUCAAGGUGACUCCAUCGAUCUGAGUGGCGAUAUGGGUGCUGUAGGCCGGAUUAUAAUUUCAGAUUCCCCAUCUGGGGAUCAGGAAAUGUACUUAGACUUGAAAGGAACAAUAUACAAAACAUCUAUAGUUCCUUGCUGGACUUUUUGCAUUGUUAGCUUCGGGCAGUCAGAGGCAAAGGUAGAGGCCAUCAUGAAUGACUUCAUACAGCUGAAGCCACAGUCUAAUGUGUAUGAAGCUGAAACUAUGGUUGAAGGGACAUUGGAUGGUUUCUCCUUUGAUUCGGAUGAGGAAACUGGCAAGAUGCAGAAAGACGCCCACCAAACUGAUCAAAAUGAGCAUGCUGAGGAACAAACUCAUGGUAAAUCCAAAGGGAAGGCUAACAAAACAUCAGGUGCUGAAAAGAAAAGAGGUAGAACUACAGGAGGAAAAUCACAACCAAAGAUAGUAAAGAAAAAAACUCUAGGUUCCAAGAAGGCAAAGACCAAGAAAUGAAUCAAAGAGGCACUCUAUAAUUUCUUUUAUAUGCAAUGAACCCAUAUACUUUCAUCCUUGGAUUAAAAGUAAAGAUGCUGAAUUACUUUGCCCAUAUGACAGAAUGGUGGUAGUAGUCAGCUUCUGUUAGAUCUCUUAAUUAUACCCUGCGCUGAAUAAUUGAAAGCUUAUGAUUCGCUGAAUGAGUUCUUAUCAAUUCCUUUUUAUUAUGUUCCUCAUUUUCAGGCCCGUUUCAA